AUGGGGUUCUCAUUCUCGCCCCGGGAUGCUAUGCUAUACAUGGGUAUACCCGUGUUGAUAGAGCUUGUACCCGUGUUGAUAGAGCUUGGUAAAUUGGUGAACCAAAGCGUACACCUAUACGUAUUCAAAUGUGACCUAACCUGGAUUAGGAGACGACUAUUGUUAAUGAAUGGACAGCCCCUGUUAAUGAAACCGCUUCUGGACCCAGUGUAUGUUUUACUAAACAACCGUUUAUACCACUGGGCUGGGCUCUAUAUGCGGCUCACUAUUGAGGACCUAUUGGGUGACAGGUAUGAGGUAUACACCGAUAGUUACAAAUACAAUGCGUGGAGGAAACCGACAUAUUAUGAGGGCUUUGGUAACAACUCAUUCAGUGAUAAUUUUGUUAAACUGGUCACCACUAGGUUGAGGACAUGGGAUAUCAAACAAUUAAUGGAUGUAUUUUCAGAAGUUUCUGAGAGUCCGCAAAAAUUCCGUACAUUUUUCAGUAACAAAGUGUUGAUUCAGGACCAGAAUUGGAUGGAUGUAAUCGAGCCAUACCUUCCCAGAUUUAUGGCCAUACAUGUGGGCCAACAGUACCUGUCAGUUCCUAUAACACCCCUAUGUGUUGGACCCACUUUUGAUGCUCAGCGUUUAUACGAGACAUCACUUUUGCAAUACUGGUAUCAUUUGAAAUCUAAGUUUUAUUUUGAAAUGAGCAUGAACAUACUAGUUAACGGAAUCCUUACGGGAGACCAAAGUAUUUAUGACUUUUACGCCAAUAUUAACGAAGAAUACAAUGAUUUAUACCUCAAUGACACGCAAUCGCUAUUCGUAUUCAUGAUCUAUAGUCUCGACAUUAACUAA